GUAACGAGUAAACGGAGAAUCACUUACCCAGAGUUCACUGCGGGCGGGUGACCACUACGACUUCCGGGUGACACUUGUGUGGGAGCACGUGGGUGCAGCGCCGCUCCUGAGACUCGUCGUCCGGUCUGAGCAUUAUGACAAGCAGUGAUGAGGAAUCUACAACCUACUCUGCACCAUCAGAGAAGAAAAAGAAGAAGCAAAAGCAUUCUGACAAAAGUAUAGUAAAGGAAUCAGAUCAUCAUAAGAAUGAAAAUACGACCAAGAAGAAACCUAAAAAGAAAACCAAUGCAAAAGAGGAGGAUUCUGAGAAAAUGGAUGUGAUUCCUAAAAAGAGAACUAACUUAGAUAUCUCUUCAGGCGAAUCCACUUCUGGGGAAAUCCAGAAAAAGAAGAAGAAGAAGAAGAAGAAAAAAAAAGUGUUAGAUAUUGAGAGUUCAGCAUGUGACCCUCAAACUAUCGAUGAUGUCCUAAAGAAGAAGGCAGCAGAACAUGCCACAUCGUGUGAGCAAGGCAGUACUGGUCCAGUACAUAAAGAGAAAGAAAAACACUCUGCCUUAGUGGAUGGUAAGGAAAGUGUUACAAAAAAGAAGAAAAAGAAAAAUAAUGAUGCAUUAAAUGUACGAACUGCAAAUGAGAAUGUCCUCAAAAGCAAAAGUGUCACCGAGGAUAGGAGCAUAAACUCAAAAGAUCCUGAAGAUGACAUGGUCAACAAACAAAAGAAGAAAGAAAAAAAGAACAUUCUUCCCUCCCCACACUUCUCAGAGGACAAGGACCUCACCACAGACCAGGCAACCAGUAAAAAAGACUGUUUCAACUCCAAAGUAAAGAAACGUAAGAAAGCCCAAAACGAAUCUGAGGAUGAAGCCCCAGAAACUGAAAAAGCUGUCACUGAUGGCUCAGUCAUCCAGAAGAAAAAGAAAAAGGUAGGAUCUCCUAAAGAAGACAGGCCUGAGGUGUCUGACCGUGCAAAGGUCAAGAAGAAGAAGAAAAGGAAGGGGACUUUUGAGAAGUCAGAAGAUGAAGUCAUAGGUCAUGAAGUACACCAUGGCAAAAAAGUUCAAGAUUCUUUGAGCGUUUUAAAGAAAAAGAAAACAAGCAAAGGCUUUACUGUAGAUGAGGAAUCUGGGCACAGAAAUACUGAUCUGAAUGGAAAUGGAGGCAAGGGCAGUGACCAUACUUCUGAAGGGUCCUUGAAAAAGAAAAAGGGAAGUAAAUCACAAGAGGUGACUGAGUUCAUGGACAGUAAAGAAGAAUCUUCACAUGAGGCCUGUGAGGAAGAAAAGAAAAAGGUGAAGAAGAGGAAAAGGGAGGAAAUGUUAAGACAUACUGACAAGGAGCACUCUGCAAAUGAAGAUGCAACAGAAGUUUCCAAAAAGAAGCAAAAAAUUAAAGACGAGACCAAAAAUACUAAUAAAGCAACCAAAUUGCAAGAAGAGCCUACAGGCGUCGAGUUGGGGUUAGCGCAAGAUGGAAGCAGAGACGAAGUAUUUAUUGAUAAGGCACGUCGGAAAGCUCUGCAGGAGGAUAUUGACCGAGAGUCUGGAAAGACCAAGGGAACAAAGUUUGGCCAGUGGGACACAGCUACGUUCCAAAACUCAGAACAGCAAAGCAAGUUCUUUCGACUAUUAGGUGGACUGAAGAAGGGAAACCAAGUGGCCGUGCCUUCACCCUCAAACCAGGUAAAAGCUAAUAUGGCCAUGGGGAAGCAAGAAGAACAGAGCCUAGAGCGGAAUCUGCUACAGGAGUUUGACAAAGCAGUUUCCUGGAGACAGAACAGAGGAAUCGGCUUAGGCUUCCAGCCUGCCCAGAAUAAGACCUACUAUAUAGACAAAACUGCAUCCAGAUCGGUAAAGUUUGAGGACUGAAUUUACAUAAAAACCAAACAAGGAUCGAAUUUUCUUAAUCCAUUGGGAGUCCAGGUUUUCCUGCCAUAAGAUGGAUGCUAAAAUGUGUCAUCAAUGAUGCCUAGAGGAAUUGCAAAGCUCAUAGGAGAAUAUCAAAAAACAAGAUCUCCAACUUAUAGACUUUGUAUCAGCUCGUCACCAUUUUAAGAUCUCUGCCGGCUGGAGUAGGGAUGAUCAUAUAAACAGGCAGCAGGGUCACCCAUACUUACUGGUACUGAGUGAGUGCAGGUAAAGCUGAUCACAACAGUGCUUUUAUUUUUCAGAUACUUCACACCAAAAUAGAAUAAAUAUUCGUAUCUAAAUAAGUAUAUUUAGUGCAUCGGGGGCAUUAGAUAGCCUGUAAGUUCAUGGCUAUCCCAUCUGUUCAUUAAGAACUAAAAAAACAUGCAUUAGGCUGGGUUCACAUUAGGUUUUCAGCA